CACCAGUCCUUGUUAUAUACAAGACUUUGUCUGCCUCGUUUAUUUUGUCCUCCCCUGCAUUUCUUCACUCUUGAGUAUAUCCAACAGGAAUCUAUAACAAUGGUUCUCUCCAGCACUUUCCUUGAAUCCGAUUCUUCGAUCAGGUCCACAUUCGGAUCCCGCUACGCCAUCACCUCCCUUCCGAGGUUCAAGAUAUCGGAGAAUUCGAUACCGAAAGAAGCAGCGUAUCAGAUCAUAAAAGAUGAGCUGAUGCUGGACGGGAAUCCUCGGCUGAACUUGGCCUCAUUCGUGACGACGUGGAUGGAACCGGAGUGUGAUAAGCUGAUCAUGGACUCCAUUAACAAGAACUACGUUGACAUGGAUGAGUACCCUGUCACUACCGAGUUGCAGAAUCGAUGUGUGAACAUAAUAGCAAAUAUGUUCAAUGCACCUCUUGAAGAAGGAGAAACUGCAGUUGGAGUUGGGACGGUUGGAUCUUCAGAGGCUAUAAUGCUGGCUGGUUUAGCAUUCAAGAGAAACUGGCAGAAUAAGAUGAAAGCUCUUGGCAAACCACACGACAAACCCAACAUUGUCACUGGUGCUAAUGUUCAGGUGUGUUGGGAGAAAUUUGCAAGGUAUUUUGAAGUGGAGCUGAAGGAGGUCAAGUUGAGAGACGGCUACUAUGUGAUGGACCCUGAAAAGGCUGCAGAAAUGGUGGAUGAGAACACCAUUUGUGUUGCAGCUAUUCUAGGAUCCACUCUUAAUGGAGAAUUUGAAGAUGUUAAGCUCUUAAAUGACCUCUUGGUUAAGAAAAAUGCAGAAACCGGAUGGGAUACACCAAUUCAUGUGGACGCUGCUAGCGGCGGGUUCAUUGCCCCAUUUCUUUACCCGGAAUUGGAAUGGGACUUCAGGUUGCCACUAGUGAAGAGUAUCAACGUUAGUGGCCACAAGUACGGACUUGUAUAUGCUGGAAUUGGCUGGGUGAUUUGGAGGAACAAAGCCGACUUGCCUGAAGAACUUAUUUUCCACAUCAACUAUCUUGGAGCUGAUCAACCUACCUUUACCCUCAACUUUUCUAAAGGUUCUAGUCAAGUGAUUGCUCAAUACUAUCAACUUAUUCGCCUAGGUUUUGAGGGAUACAAAAAUAUCAUGGAGAACUGUCAAGAAAAUGCGAUGGUACUUAAGAGAGGACUGGAGAAAACAGGGAAAUUCAACAUCAUCUCAAAAGAUAUUGGAGUCCCACUAGUCGCAUUCUCUCUGAAGAAUCAUAGCCUACACAACGAAUUCGAAGUCUCAGACAUGUUAAGGCGUUAUGGUUGGAUUGUGCCAGCUUACACCAUGCCUCCUGAUGCCCAACAUGUUACUGUCCUUCGUGUAGUUAUCCGCGAGGACUUCUCAAGGACUCUGGCUGAACGUCUGGUUACAAAUAUCGAGCAGGUCCUUGAGGAGCUUGACACGCUCCCAAGCAAGGUGACACAGAAGUUGACAACUGAGGAAGAUGUGGAGAACGGCAAGGUUGUGAAGAAAACUGCUCUGGAGGUACAAAGGGAAAUUACAACAGCCUGGAAGAAGCUCGUCGCGGAUAAGAAGAAAACUAAGGGAGUGUGUUAAGAGAGCUUAAAAUUGAUCUGACAUAUAUUCGGUAUUUCAGAACGCUUAUGGUUGCUUCUUGCGUAUUGAGUGGAUGAUUAAUAACUGGCCAUAUUGUUUUUCAAUUGCUUGGUAAAAACAAGUGUUUGCUGCCUUGGCUGUAUAGCUAAGGCAACUUGUUACUUAUCGACGAAUUUAUUAUGAAAUAUUUGAAGUA